GGACAGAUUGCUCAGCUGAGUGCUUGGCUGUUUCUCAGCUGUCUCUGCUAACAGCACUUGGGUCUUUGCGCCGGAGAGAAGCUAUUCCAGAGUGAGUGGAAGAUGAGCUUCUUCGGGCCUUUCCUUCUCCUUGGCUUUCUCCCUCUGGUCAUUCCUACGUGUCCCAAGCCCUGCCGAUGCGCCAGCAACAUCAUUGACUGCAUGUCAAUGCAUCUCACGGACGAGGUCAUCCCCACCACCUUUGCUCCCUCGACACGAAAGAUCUACCUCAACAACAACGAACUGACCUCAAUCCCCAGUGGGCUCUUUGACAACCUGAAGAGUCUCCAAGAGGUCUACCUGUGGGGGAACCCUUGGGAAUGUGACUGCAACAUCCUCUACCUGCGCUCUUGGCUCCAGUGGCAGCAGAACCGGACCACGUACCGAAAUAUUGUGUGCUCUUCCCCCGUUCAUCUUCAAGGCAGGAUCAUCACCUAUUUGUCGGAGGAUGAAAUCAUUGCCACGUGCCAGUAUUGGUACUGCAGCGUGGCCCUCUUCUCCCAGGUCUGUCUUUUCAUCUUCAUCCUGUUGCAAGCGGUUCUGCUCAUCCUGGUUCUCAUCUACGUGCGCCGGUUCCAAAAGAUCGCCAAAGAAGCCAGGAGGGCUACGGAUGAAUUCUAUGAGCACAUGGAUCCAUGGGCAGCUAGUAGUAAGAAUGCCACCGAUUGAUCAGUAGGGAGGCUCUUGGGGUACAAAGUAAUAAUCUCGCAGGAAGUGACAAUUCCAGAACCCUCUUUCCGUCUGGAGGAUCCGGACGUUCUAUUACAAUUUAAUAAAAUUAUUGUAAAGUUUUAAAACUAUUUUAUCUGGGUCCCUUUCUGGGGAGAAAGGCAGCCUAUAAAAUAAAUACAUAAAUAAGAAAAUUGGCAGAUUUUUUAAGAAAUGGGAUUUCUGCACAGAACAACAGUUCAUGAAAUUAUUUUGCUUCCUGAAAUGAAGAACAAGAUUCAUCCCCUUCCCAGUUCCAUGCACAAAAAUUGUUUGCGCCUCCUUCUCCAAAAUGCUUGGGACCAGAAGUGUUUUGGAUUUUGGGAUUUUUUUGGAUUGUGGAAGACCCUUAUUUGCAUAUAUGUAUAUCUUAGAGGUGGGACCCAUGUCUAAACAUGAAAUUCACUAGUGUUUCAUAUACACUAGCCUGAAGGUAAUUUUAUACAAUCUUUUAAACAAUUUUGUGCAUGAAGCAAAGGUUGUGUACCCUGAACCAUCCGAAAGCAGAGGUGUCACUAUCUCAGUCACUCAUACAGCCAUAAAGAACCAUUUCCAGUCCUCGUAGAAACUUCAAGAACACAUACACAGAAGCAUUUUGGCCUUCAAGGACCACAUCCAGUGUCAGUGGAGAGGAAUGCACAUGCACAUAUGCACACAGAGUUAAUGCGGGGGGAGGAGAGCUUCAAUAUUAUGGCAGUGCACCUACUGUGUGCAAGUAAUGCAGUUUGGCACCACUUUAUCUGCUCUGGUUCCAUCCUACAGAAUUUGUAGUUUGGCGAGGCACCAGCCCUCUUUGGUAGAGAAGGCUGAAGGCUUUGCAAAACCACAAGUCUCAAGAUUGCAUCGGAUGGCGUGCCGGUACAUAAAGUGGUGUCAAACGGCAUUAUUUUUACAGUGUAGAUGCACAGUAUGUCCAUGUCUGUCUGUCUGUCUCUCCCUCUGUGUGUGUGUGUGUGUGUGUGUGUGUGUGUAUGUGCGUGUGUAUUUUAAGCAAUGGAAAGGAGCCCUUUGUGAAUUCCUUCUUCUCAGCUCAUUGCCAAAGGCGGCAUAAAUCACACCUUCCAGGUUGACUGAAGCAGCCCUCUUCAAAUCACCAGCCCUUCCUGCCUGUCCUGACACAGCUAAAGGAGCAUGACAAGCCAUGCGUUGUUUGCUCACUGAGGCAAGUGGGGAAGUGCCAGCACAUAGAUUUAUGGCUAUGCUGCUCUCUCGAGGCUCACAAAUCGGUCAAGGCCACUGCAGAAUCAUUCUCAUGUCACCGAAAACUGCUAACACUCUCUGGGAGCCUUGCCCAACUUGGUGCCGUCCUACCAUCCCUGGCCAUCAGCUGGGGCUGAUGGGAGUUGCAAUCCAAAACUUUGCAAGGGUGCUGUUGAGAGUGGAAACCUGCCCUAUAGGUUUUUUGUGGGUUUCUUGGGCUCUGUGGCCAUGUUCUAGAAGAGUUUUUCCUGAGG